AUGAAAUGAAAAUGACAAAGAGUCGAAGACGCAUCCAUAAAGAGCAGGAGAAGUGCAGUGCAUAAUAUUUUUAGAUGUAGAUCAUAUCAGUGUCAUCUGCUUAUUUAUUAUUUCAAAACGCGUACUUAUAAAAGGUUAUAGUAGUGCGAGUAAUAUGCAGAACAACCCCCAGGAGCUUUCAUGGCAGGCGAUUCAGGCUAUCGUGGGGGUGAAACUUCCUCCUAACGUGCUGCGAUUCGAUGAUAUUGGUUUCCACCUCGUCAAAAAUUCGGUUUCCAGUGCCGAAGACUCCGAUUCGGAUGUGGAAAUCGUCGAAAAUGACUGGGAGUCCGACAACAACGCGUCUUCACGUCCAGACCAUUCGGACAACGAAAAGAUGUCCCCGGAGCGGGCGCCGAGCGAGUCGCCGGUUCUACAUCUCGUAGAGCCCGACAAUAACAAUUUGACCAAAGACUCAUUAGAUUUUAGGAAUUUUUUAGAGAAAAUGGAUACCAAAGAAGUUUCUGAAGCUGAUCAAGGGUCCCAGGUGCAAAAUGACGACGCCGAUAGUUCUAAUGGGAAUGUAAUGUCAAUAGAAAACUACUUGGAGGUCACCCUGUCUACCGAUUCUGAGGCUAGUCAUAUGUGUAGCCAAUGCAAUCAGAUGUUUCCCAGUGAACAACUGCUAUCAGCACACCACUGUAGCGCCAAACCCACCGAAGAAAAGAAAUAUCCAUGUCAUGUGUGUGCAGAAAAAUUCCCUAGUUACUGGGAGCUAAGAAAACACAUCAACAGUCACUUUCCUGGGAUGCUGGACUCAAAAUCUAGUUUCUGCCACCUCUGUCAGAAGGACUACACCAAAACAGGUUUCAUGAACCAUCUGCGCAAGCAUACUGGUGAGAGACCAUUUGUCUGUGAACUCUGUCAUAAAGCAUUCUCACAGUCCAGCUCACUCUCCAUACACAUGAAGUUCCAUCUGAAUGUGCGCAAACAUGCAUGCACAGUAUGCGAGAAGAAGUUUGUAACUAAGAGUGAACUGUCUCGGCAUAUGACUGUGCAUACGAAACAGAAGUCUUAUUAUUGUGGAGUUUGCGAUAAAGCUUUUACCCGCUCCGACAAUAUGAAAAAACAUGAGAAAACCCAUGGGUGAUGGGAUAUCAUGUAUACUACGGUUUUAAACUGUGUUAUGCAUCUGUCAUGGUACUUAGACUUUUAUAUUUUCUGAUAUAUUUCCAAGCCUAUCUUCUUUAAGUGGAAAUACCAUGAAGGAUGCAUUUUGCAGACAAUUUUCCCAUUCUCUAAUUGCCAAAAACUUAGUCAAGUAUGUUUGUUUAUUUAUAAUUUGCAUUGUUUUAUACCAAAUUGAAAAAUCAUGAUCUAGUUCAUAAUUUAGUCAUUAUGGUGUGUUUAUGCGAGUGUCCUCACUCUGGUGUGCUUCUGUAGUUGCUUUGUUUAGGUUAAGGACUUCAUUAUUUAUGCGAUUUAUAUAUGCAUGUUUGGGAUACUUUAGUAUAGUAGGAAAAUGCCUUUUCAGGUGCUCUAUAAUAAGGUCACACAUAUCUCAAUCCAAAGUUGCCUUUUAGAUAUGGUAAAGUGAUAUUAACUUGUGGGUAAUAUAGGUCAAAUGUCCAAAGAUUCAGAUAGCCGCCAGCCUAAUGUUUGCUUAAGAUAGCUCAGGCCUAUUGUGAAAUGGGGUCAACACCACUAAUCAUUGUUCCUGUGUCUCUGCAAGAGCUUUAAAUCUUUAUAUAUUUUGUACAUUUUCUAGAAGGUAAUAAAAAUAUCACUUGUACUUUGUAAAGGACUCCCAUGCCAAAAUUUAGAUAAGUGUUUUUUAUAAGUGACUUGUGUCUGUGUUGUAACCAAAGCAAUAAUAUUUUUAAUGUGCCUAUUCUAUGCAUACCUUUGUAAGGACAAUACCAAAUAAUUUCUUAGAAUAUAUUUAUACAUUAAUGGAUAACAAUAUUUACCACAGAAAAUCAUUAAUUCGUAGUUUUAACCAAUGUAUUAAUUAAAGGGGGAUAAGUUUGCUAAAUGAAUAUUAAUGAGAGAAAAAUAUUGUAAUGUUAUCCCUUUGAAAUGGUCUCAAGUAAUUGUAUGAAUGUAAGCCAAGUGAACAAGUAGAAUGUUAAAAAUAGUUGGCUAAUGUUUACCAGUUGUAUAAUUAAAUUGACUGUAAAGAAACAAGCAUCACAAAAUUAUGAUUUAAUUCUAAAACUGCUUUCCACUGACUGUACUUGUGGGCACACAUUAGCUAGUAGUAUACAGGGUGGCUAAAAAAUAAGUGCAUUCCCGUUGCCAGGGAGGUUUUGGGAUUAUACUGAGCCACUUUUACUAUGGAACUAACAACGAAAUCGCGAAAAAAAAAUUACCCUCCCAUAGAAAAUGGACCAGCCAAAACGUAUUAGAGCCAAAUUUUUUUCCGCGAUUUCGUGGUUGAUCCCAUAGUAAAAGUUGCUCAGUAUAAUCCCAAAACCUCCCUGGCAACGGGAAUGCACUUAUUUUUUUAGCCAACAUGUAUAAAAGGGUUAUUUUACAAAUAUUAUUGUCAUUCAAAUCCUUUUGCUGCAUAAAACUUGCCUUCAAACGCCAAAUAGAUAUUUAUUUAGAUGAAAUCCCAAAGAUAUAUUAGGUGUUUAGUUAUUUUAACAAUUGGCUAUAAAACCAAAGCAUUAUAUAUUUGUGCCACUCUUUCAAUUAACUGGUUGUCAAUAUCUUAUAAUUAAUUAGGAGAAAAGCGGAGGUUAAAUUAGGAGUAUGGAUUUAUUAUAUUUUAAUAUAUUUAUUGUAUUUAAAUAUUUAGAUGUUUAACUGCAUGACUUGUUUAUAGAAUAAUAAUUUAAAAUUGAGCCAAGUGGAAAAUACACAAAAUCUACAAGACUGACAAUAAUAUUCAGAGUAGAUAUUAACUGUGCACAAAUGUUUUAUUUAUUGAUGCGACAUCAAUGCGCUGCGAGCGCGAAUGCACCUUGUUGUAGACUCAACAUGACAAUUAGAAAUAAGAUCCGUUUGAUAUGAAUUAUAAAACUGUUUUAUUGAAAAUGUAAUAAUCUUCGAUUUUAUUAAAGAGUUGUUUGUUUCAAAA